AUGGGCCACCCCACCGCCGCCGUGCUGCUCUGCCAGCUGGGGCUCUCCGCAGCCAUCCAGUGGCUCCCCGACCAGUUCCAGAUGUGCCGCAGGAACCUGGAGGUCAUGCACAGCAUCGUCCGGGCUGCCCGCCAGACCAAGGACGUCUGCCAGAAAACCUUUGCAGACAUGAGAUGGAACUGCUCCUCCAUCCGACGUGCCCCCAGCUUUGGCCCUGACCUGCGGAAAGGAACCCGGGAAUCUGCCUUCGUCUUCGCCCUGGCUGCUGCCGCCGUCACCCACGCCAUCGCCCAAGCCUGCGCCUCAGGAGAGCUCCCGCUCUGCUCCUGCGCCUCCAUCCCCUCCGAGGUCCCAGGGCCGGGUUUCAGAUGGGGUGGCUGCGGGGACAACCUGCACUACGGCCUCCAGCUCGGCUCCGCUUUUGCUGACAGUCCCUUAAAAUCCAGCAAGCUGGGGACACAAGCACUCCGGGCCAUGAAUCUGCACAACAAUGCAGCAGGCAGGCAGGAGGGUAUGGGCAGGCAGGGGGGUACGGUGCUGAGCGACUCCCUGGAUACCAAGUGUAAAUGCCACGGUGUUUCAGGCUCCUGUUCGGUGAAGACCUGUUGGAAGGGACUGCCAGACCUGGGGGAAAUUGCCUCUGACCUCAAGUCCAGGUACCUGGCGGCCAUCAAGGUGACCCACCGGCUCGUGGGGCCCAGGAAGCAGCUGGUACCCAAAGAAACGGACGUCAGGCCGGUGACAGAGACAGAUCUGGUUUAUCUCAUCAACUCGCCCGACUACUGCACGCCGAAUCCCCAGCUGGGGUCUGUGGGGACACAGGACAGGCCAUGCAACAAGACCUCGGUGGGCAGCGACGGCUGCAACCUGCUGUGCUGCGGCCGCGGCUACAAUGCCUACACGGAGGAGGUGGUGGAGCGGUGCCACUGCAAGUACCACUGGUGCUGCUACGUGGUGUGCAAGAAGUGUCGGCGGAAGGUGGAGAGGUAUGUCUGUAAAUAA